UGUCACGUGACUGGAUUGUCCACCGCAGUCUGCGAAGGUUCGCGAAGGUUCGGCUGACGAUCCACGUUCUCGCGUGAGCCACAACGAACGCAUCUGCGGCCGACACGACGUCGCCGCUUCACCCUGGCAACAUCGGACCUCGUAGGUCCGAUCUCAAGGAGGAGCAGAGAAGAUGAGGAGCGCUGCCGCGUGUCUGGGCGUGCUGGCCUGCCUGCUGGGCGCGGCCACAGCCGGCUACCACCAGCCCUGGAAGCCGGACGAGAUCGUGAAGCUGGUCCACAAGGUGGUCCCGUACCCGCACCCUGUACCGGUGCCCAAACCCUUUCCGGUGCCCAAGGUGAUCCACGUGCCACAUGUGGUCCACGUGCCACACGCGGUGCCCGUACCGGUCAAGGUGCCAGUCAUCAAGAGGAUCCCCAAGCUGGUCCCUGUGGCCAAGACCAUCCACAUCCCGAAGCCCGUGCCCGUGCCGCACUACGUGAGCGUAGGCGUGCCCGUGCCGGUCAUCAAGCACGUGCCGGUGCCCAUCUACAAGCACGUGCCGGUACCACGCGUCGUGCCGGUGCCGGUGCCCGUCAAGGUGCCUAAGCUGGUGCCUGUCCCCGUGCACAAGAUCAUCCACGUGCCCAGGCCUGUCGCUGUGCCUGUCAAGGUGCCCGUCUUCAAGGAGAUCAUCGUCAAGAAGCCCGUCGAAGUGCCCGUCCCAGUCUACAUUAAGAAGCACACGCACUACGGAGGCGGAGGCUACGGCGGUGGCGGCUUCGGAGGAGGCGGAUUCGGCGGCGGCGGCUUCGGCGGCGGCGGCUACGGCGGCGGCGGCUACGGCGGUGGCGGCUACGGAGGCGGCGGCUUCGGAGGUGGCUACGGCGGCGGCGGAGGCGGCGGCUACGGAGGAGGCCACGGCUGGCACUGAAGAUCUGCAACAGUCCAGAAAGUGCCACGACCGCUCUAGACGCGUUCGGAUCAACCCCAGCAGGGAUCUUAGGGACAAGAAAGAAAACCAACGCCGGGACGGGACUCCCCAUUUUCCACUCGCCAUCGCUCGCCCUUCGCGCCAUGUCUGAAUCCUCGCGUGAUGACGUCAAGAAAUGAUGGUCGCGGCGACGAGUGGAGAGUGGGGAAGAGUGAGGAGAGAAAGAGAUUACUCAGUCGUACUCCUUUCUCGGAAGGGAGCGCUCCCUCAAAUUUUGUUGAAGCUUGUCUUUCUUCUUUUUUUGCAAUGGUAGAAAACUAUCGCAACCACAUACGUAUAUUUUCGCCAUUAGGGUUCUUUUAAUUACUGACGCACACGUGUUCGUGUUAUUUACAGCCCAAAAAAACAUGGGGGCGGGGGAUGAUUGAGAAGUGCCAUUGGCAGUUUGUUGCUUGAUUUGCGUCUCAGUUCGCAAAUUCGAGCAAGCCGCGUUGACGUCACUCGCAAGACUUUGUUUCCAAAGCUCUUCAUCGAGAACGCGCUCGCGGACGACAGACAGACCGUCAUUCACGCGGUGUGAAAGGAAAACGAUAAUGAUUGAGAAGUCGAGUACGCGAAGGCGCCUCGGAAAAUAAAACUCCGCGUUUUUGUAAAGCGGAAGCAUGCAAAAAAAAAAGUGCUUAUGAAACCGGGUCACGACCCCGACAGUUUAGUUAAAUAUAUUGCUUGUUGCCAGCACAGUCAAUGUUGUGUUUGUUAAUUUUUUUUCUCUUUCGCGUUCCCAGACUAAACUGAAAGUGUAAAGCUAGCUCUUGACUUCCAGUAGGAAGGAACCCGAGAACAGGGGGAUGCGUCUUGUAUACUAGUACGUGUCUUUACGCCUCGCUUCCUCAGACGCACAGUCUUCUUUCGAGCCUCCUUGAAUGCCUGCCCUCCCCCCCCCCCCCCACCACUCCACUCUGCCCCCUCCCCCACCCCCUUUCCCUCACUCUCUUUUCUUGUCACAACGAGCACUCUGGGUCAGUCAGAAAGUGACCGUGGAGUCCUUCCGUUCCUGUCCUUAGCAUCCAUGUCUUCUGUUGUUUCCUGUUCUUCGCAGGCACUUGCAGCGUUCAUGCUUCUGUAAAAAGAACCUUUCGGCUGUAUUUUCUUCCUCGCCUUUCCUUUUCUUUUUCACCUGUUUUACCUUUCACGUUUUGUUCUUUAGUUUUUUGUCAUAGGAGCACGUGCAAUUUCAAAUAGUUCGCGCGCCGUCGGGCUCACCGCCUUUGGUGGCUGACGGUUGUCGUUGAGCAUUCCUAAUGAAAUGAUGUACAUGUAUACCAAACAUUUUCUCUGCUUGCUGUCGCAGAAACCGGCCACACGCUGUAUGUAUACCGCGAAGAAAAAUCGGUCCGCGAAAUGAGAAAAUUUGCAUGCGCAUGUGUUUUCUUGCGAUGUGUGUUAAGGCUUAUUAGAGAAUUGCAAUACUCGAUUAUGCCGAGACGAGUGUACUUGCGCGCUUUGCUCCUGUCAUUCCUCUGAGUUGUGUAUAUAUGUAAUUCAUUUUUACUCCUGUUUAUUUUUUUAUUAUUACCAAUUAUGUCAAAUAAAGAAAACGUUGUUGUAUUUAAAA